UACGACAAAAAAACACUGCUGCUUUUCUUGUUUCAGAAUUCUUCUGACACGACCAAACAAACAAACCCCCAAUUAUUUUCCUUAUUUUCUAUUCGGGAAAUUGGGAUUUCUUUUUCUUUUCUGGCGUGAAAAGCAGCACUGCGUGGGACUACUCCUGGGGAAGGAAAGCCUAAAGAAAGAAAGAAAGAAAGAAAAGCAUCAAGCAUGGAUGGAUGCCUCACUCCACCACCACCACCGAAAAGUAACACCAGGCCCGUUUCAAAGUUGUUCCCUUUCUAUAUCCAGUUGGAAUCAAUGUGAGAUUGUUAGCAGAUCUAUAGAAGCACAGUAAGGCAGUUUGGGUGUCCAAAGUCCAUUCCUUUUUGCUCUCUUCAAUGGCGGCCGCAGCUGGAAGUACGAGUAGAGGAGGAAGAAGGAGAGAAGAAAUGGGUGUUAUGAGUUUUGUGAUUUUCUGGUGGGUUUACGCUGCUACUACCGCAAAUGGGUUGCUUUCCCCCAAAGGCGUGAACUUUGAAGUACAAGCUUUGAUGGGUAUAAAAGCUUCUUUACAUGAUCCCCAUGGGGUUCUUGAUAACUGGGAUGGCGAUGCUGUGGAUCCUUGUAGCUGGACUAUGGUUACUUGUUCGUCAGAGAGCCUCGUCAUUGGAUUGGGAACUCCUAGUCAGGACUUAUCUGGAACUCUUUCUCCAAGCAUUGCCAACUUGACGAAUCUUCAGAUUGUGCUGUUGCAGAACAAUAAUAUCACAGGGCCCAUUCCAGCAGAGAUAGGGAAGCUCUCAAAACUUCACACGCUUGAUCUGUCUAACAAUCUCUUCACCGGGAGUGUUCCUUCUUCAUUAGGGCACUUGAGGAGUCUCCAAUACAUGAGGCUAAACAACAACAGUCUCUCCGGCAAAGUCCCCAUGUCAAUUGGGAACAUGACCAAGCUUGUGUUUCUUGACCUGUCAUACAAUAAUCUGAGUGGCCCCAUACCUACAUUCCCUGCUAAAACCUUCAGCAUUGUUGGCAAUCCACUCAUCUGCCCAACUGGUUCAGAGCCAGAGUGUUUUGGGACAACUCUAAUGCCAAUGUCCAUGGACUUGAACAACACAGAACUUAAUCCCCCUUCCCAAAGACCAAAGAGUCACAAGAUAGCAGUUGCCUUUGGAUCAAGCGUUGGUGCAAUCUCCCUCAUCAUUAUGGUGUUUGGAAUGUUCCUGUGGUGGAGGCAAAGGCUUAAUCCACCAAUGUUUUUCGAUGUUGAUGAUAGGCUGCAUGAAGAAGUAUCUCUCGGAAACUUGAAGUUGUUUCAGUUUAGAGAACUCCAGAUUGCAACAGGCAACUUCAGCAACAAAAAUAUACUUGGGAAAGGAGGGUUCGGCCAUGUAUACAAAGGAACUCUCCACGAUGGGACGAUCGUAGCCGUGAAAAGAUUGAAAGAUGGUAGUACCGUUGGAGGAGAGAUUCAGUUCCAGACUGAAGUGGAAAUGAUCAGCUUAGCAGUGCACCGAAACCUCCUCAGAUUAUACGGUUGCUGCAUCACACCAUCAGAGAGACUACUGGUUUAUCCAUACAUGUCCAAUGGCAGCGUUGCUUCUCGUCUCAAAGGUAAAAAUCAUCUCUUCUCAUUUCUAGGGAAACCGGUCUUGGAUUGGAGUACAAGAAAGAGAAUAGCCUUAGGAGCAGCAAGGGGCCUGCUAUACCUCCAUGAACAAUGUGAUCCGAAGAUAAUCCACAGGGAUGUUAAGGCCGCAAACAUAUUGCUCGAUGACUAUUGUGAAGCCGUGGUUGGUGAUUUCGGGUUGGCAAAGUUGCUUGAUCACCAAGAUUCACAUGUGACUACUGCUGUUCGAGGAACUGUAGGCCAUAUUGCACCAGAGUAUCUCUCCACAGGCCAAUCUUCAGACAAAACGGAUGUGUUUGGAUUCGGAAUCUUGCUCCUCGAGCUAAUCACUGGCCAAAGAGCAUUGGAGUUUGGAAAGGCAGCAAACCAGAAAGGAGCCAUGCUCGAUUGGGUAAAGAAGAUUCAUCAUGAGAAGCAGCUGGAAAUGAUGGUGGACAAGGAUUUGAAAGGGAACUAUGACAGAAUCGAGCUGGAAGAGAUGGUUAAAGUUGCACUCCUUAGCACACAAUACCUUCCUAGUCAAAGACCGAAAAUGUCUGAAGUAGUCCGAAUGCUGGAAGGAGAUGGACUUGCAGAGAGAUGGGAAGCUUCUCAAAGGGCAGAAGCUACCAAGUCGAAGAACAACGAUUUCUCGUCGUCAGAUCGAUACUCUGAUCUCACUGAUGAUUCUUCAUUGUUGGUACAAGCAAUGGAACUCUCUGGCCCCAGGUGACAGUUCCCGUAUUAACAUAAGUUUUCACAGUUUCUUAUGUUGCCUUUUUUCCCUUUUUGUUUUCUACUUUAUCCUUCCAAAUAGAGACAUAGGAAACAAGGGAUAGGUGGAUCAGCUAAUAGUUUGGAAAAGUGCCGUGUAAUUCAGUUUAGAUGCUAGGAGAUUGUUGCAAUGUCUUCUUUUGACUGGUUUGGGCUGUAUCAUAGGUACAAGUGGUUUUAGGGCAUUAUAUAUAGUGUUGAUUUUAAGUCAAGAUUGUCACAUGAAAAUAGUACAUAUUUAACCUAGUUCAUUAACUUCGAUUUAACAUUUGAAGUUACCCAUUUUAUAUAAAUGUUUUUC